AUGGAAACCAGUGACGUUGUAAUAAGUGUGAUCUUCAUGUCACAAACUGUAGUUGGAAUCCUUGGCAACUCCUUCUUAGUCUACCAUUAUCUGAUGCUUUACUUCAUGGGGUGCAGAUUAAAGUUCACAGACUGGAUUCUGCAGCACUUGAUUGUAGCCAACUUCUUAACUCUUCUGUGUAAAGGAGUUCCCCACAUUGUGUCAGCUUUUGGGUGGAAAGACUUCUUCAAUGACAUUGAAUGCAAACUGAUCUUCUUUCUUCACAGAAUAGGGAGAGGUGUGUCCAUCAGCAGCACCUGCUUUCUGAGUGUCUUUCAGGCCAUCACCAUCAGUCCAAAGACUGCCAGGUGGAGACAGCUUAAAGUCAAGUCUCACAGUUCCAUUGCUUCUUGUGUGUACAUGAGCUGGGCCCUGUCAUUCUUAAUAAACAUAACUUUUCCCAUGGAAAUGAGAGCAAUACAGUACAAUAAGAACAUUACACGUGAAAGGGUGUAUGAACAAUGUUCUUCUGUGCAACAUGACAAGACCACUGACAUUGUCAGUGCAAUAUUUCUCACUCUUCCUGAUGUGUUGCUUAUGUUGCUGAUGAUUUGGUCAAGCAGCUACAUGGUUUUCAUUCUUUACAGACAUAAGCAGAGAAUGAAGCACAUUCAUAGAAGCAAUUUUUCCUUCAGGUCCUCCCCUGAGUUCAGAGUCACAAAGACCAUUAUGCUCUUGGUGAGCACCUUUGUUUUCUUUUACACAGUUUCUUGUGUCUUACAAAUUAAUAUGGCUCUUGCGCACAGUCUAACCUUUUUAUGGGUGAACAUGGCUACAGUAGUCGCUGCAUGUUUCCCAACUGUGAGUCCCUUUCUGGUGAUCAGCCGUUAA